GGGACAGUUCUCUUUUACUUGACCUCCAUCUUGAAAAGGUUCUUAAAAAUGAAAUAUAACAAAAAUGUCAGUUCUUCUCGGCGAAAAAGCCGUAAAGCGCACUUUACAGCACCUUCAAGUGUUAGAAGAAAGCUAAUGAGUGCCCCUUUAUGCAAAGAACUUCGUCAAAAAUACAACGUUCGCUCUUUACCCAUUCGUAAAGAUGACGAAGUUCAAGUCACACGUGGUCAUCACAAAGGUCAACAGGUUGGAAAGGUCAUUCAGACUUAUCGUAAAAAGUGGGUUAUCCACAUUGAAAGAAUUCAACGUGACAAAGCUAAUGGUGCAACGGUUAGCGUAGGCAUCCAUCCUAGUAAAGUAGAGAUUGUCAAAUUAAAGUUGGAUAAGGAUCGACGAGCCAUCUUGGAAAGGAAAGAUAGAAAGAGAUUGACAGAAAAAGGAAAAGGGAAGCACACAGAGGAAGAUGUUGCCAUGGCAACUUCCGAUUAAGCUCACCAAUGUAAGGUUGUACUUCUUUACAGGGAGAAUUACAUCAAAAUGAAUAUAUAAAGUCACAAGUUGAUGGAGUCAAUAAAUCUUUGUGAAAUGUG